AUGCUCAACUGUGAGCAGAUACAGAGAAUCCCUCUCAACUUUGUAGACCGCAUCUCCCACGGCAACUUCAGCUUCCCUCAGCGGUCUCUCCUCACGUGAGUACCCCUCUCCUCUCAUCUUCCUCCUCCCUUUGUUCAAUAGUCAUCUACAGUCAUUUCCCCUGCCCAACUAUUCGCAGCAAUGCUCUGUCCUGCAAGCAUCCAAUUCUAACAGCUGAUUGUGUCUGUGGUCAUAUUUCCACAGGCCUACAAUGCUAACAACUGUUUAUGCUGUAUGUCUGUAUAUUCAGGGCCAGAAGGUAUACUGUUAGGGGGCCAAUUCAGUAAUAGCAGUGGUUUGAGGUGGAAGUAUUAACAGUGGUUAUUAGCAGUGGUUGGAGGUAGAAUUAUUAGCAGUGGUUUGAGGUGGAAGUAUUAACAGUGGUUAUUAGCAGUGGUUGGAGGUAGAAUUAUUAGCAGUGGUUGGAGGUGGAAGUAUUAACAGUGGUUAUUAGCAGUGGUUGGAGGUAGAAUUAUUAGCAGUGGUUGGAGGUGGAAGUAUUAACAGUGGUUAUUAGCAGUGGUUGGAGGUAGAAUUAUUAGCAGUGGUUGGAGGUGGAAGUAUUAAGUGGUUGGUGGUGGAAGUAUUAGCAGUGGUUAUUAGCAGUGGUUGGUGGUAGAAUUAUUAGCAGUGCUGGGAGGUGGAAGUAUUAAGUGGUUGGUGGUGGAAGUAUUAGCAGUGGUUGGAGGUGGAAGUAUUAAGUGGUUGGUGGUGGAAGUAUUAGCAGUGCUGGGAGGUGGAAGUAUUAAGUGGUUGGUGGUGGAAGUAUUAAGUGGUUGGUGGUGGAAGUAUUAGCAGUGGUUGGAGGUGGAAGUAUUAAGUGGUUGGUGGUGGAAGUAUUAGCAGUGCUGGGAGGUGGAAGUAUUAAGUGGUUGGUGGUGGAAGUAUUAGCAGUGGUUGGAGGUGGAAGUAUUAUUAGUGGUUGGAGGUGGAAGUAUUAACGUUGGUUGGAGGUGGAAGUAUUAGUAGUGGUUGAAGGUGACAGUAUUAGCAGUGGUUGGAGGUGGAAGUAUUAACAGUGGUUAUUAGCAGUAGUUUGAAGUGGAAGUAUUAGCAGUAGUUGGACGUGGAAGUGUUAACAAUGGCUAGAGAACAGUGGUUAUUAGCAGUAGAUGGAGGUGGAAGGAUUAGCAGUGGUUGGAAGUGUCAACGAUGUAGUGAUGGUGUGGUGGGGAAUCAGGCGCAGAAGCAGAGGUACAGUCCAACAAGACUUUACUAUGCAAAAAUAAUCCACAAACGGCAGGAGGCCAAACAGACGCGCACAGGCGUCAACACACGAUCGCACGAAAACACAGUGCGCAAAACUCUCCUAAACAGAGGAGGACACUACUAAUCCUGGCGUACUGGAAAAAAUAACACAGCUACGCAACCAUCUGACAAGCGACAAUUACACACAACACUAUACACACAAACAGGGAACUAAAUAGGGUGCAUAAUGAGACCUAACACAAAACAGGUGUGGCUAACAGACAAAACUAAUCAAACAGGAAACACAGAACAUAGAACGGUGGCAGCUAGAAUUCCGGAGACGACGAACGCCGAAGCCUGCCCGAACAAGGGAGAGAGGCAGCCUCGGCCGAAACCGUGACAGUACCCCCCCAUUGACGCGCGGCUCCAGACGCGCGCCGACUCCGGCCUUGGGGACGACCCGGAGGCCGCGGCGCAGGGCGCGUCGGAUACCCCCGAUGGAAUUCCGUCAGGAGCGACGGGUCCAAAAUGUCUCUCCUCGGCACCCAACACCGCUCCUCCGGACCGUACCCCUCCCACUCCACUAGAUACUGAAGACCCCCCCUCCGACGUCUAGAAUCCAAGAUGGAUUUCACGGUGUACGCCGGUGCCCCCUCGAUGUCCAACGGGGGCGGAGGAGUCUCCAAGAUCUCAUGUUCUUGGAGUGGGCCCGCUACCACCGGCCUGAGAAGGGACACAUGGAACGAGGGGUUAAUACACUUAUACUCCACUGGUAACUGUAAUCUAUAACAAACCUCGUUCAACCUUCUCAGGACUUUAAAUGGCCCUACAAACCGCCGACCCAGUUUCCGACAGGGCAGGCGGAGGGGCAGGUUUCUGGCAGAGAGCCAGACUCGAUCUCCAGGUGCGUACACAGGCCCCUCACUGCGGUGUAGGUCGGCGCUCGUCUUCUGUCGACGUAUGGCACGCUGCAGAUGGACGUGUGCAGCGUUCCACGUCUCCUCCGAGCGCCGCACCCACUCAUCCACAGCGGGGGCCUCGAUCUGGCUCUCAUGCCAUGGUGCCAGAACCGGCUGGUACCCUAAAACACACUGAAAAGGGGUUAGUUGGGUGGAGGAGUGGCGGAGAGAGUUCUGUGCCAUCUCGGCCCAGGGCACAUAUCUCGCCCACUCCUCCGGCCGGUCCCGGCAGUAUGUUCUGAGAAACCUGCCCACAUCCUGGUUUACGCGUUCCACCUGCCCAUUACUCUCCGGGUGGUAACCCGAGGUGAGGCUCACCGAGACCCCCAACCGCUCCAUAAAAGCUCUCCAGACUCUGGAGGUGAAUUGGGGACCCCGGUCAGCCACAAUGUCCUCGGGCACCCCGUAGUGCCGGAACACAUGAGUGAAUAGUGCUUCAGCGGUCUGUAGGGCAGUAGGAAGACCCGGCAUGGGGAGCAAACGACAGGCCUUAGAGAACCGGUCCACAACGACCAGGAGUGUAGUAUUCCCUUGAGAGAGGGGAAGGUCAGUUAUAAAAUCCACCGAGAGGUGGGACCAUGGUCGUUGUGGAACGGGCAGGGGCAGUAACUUACCCCUAGGCAGAUGUCUAGGCGCCUUACACUGGGCGCACACCGAGCAGGAGGAAACAUAAACCCUCACAUCCCUGGCCAACGUGGGCCACCAAUAUUUGGCACUAAGACAGUGCACUGUCCGGCCGAUACCCGGAUGUCCAGAGGAGGGUGACGUGUGAGCCCAAUAGAUCAAUCGAUCCCGACACUCGAGCGGAACAUACUUCCGACCCUCCGGGCAUUGUGGUGGACUAGGGUCGGUGCGUAAUGCCCGCUCGAGCUCAGAAUCGAGCUCCCACACCACCGGUGCCACUAGACACGACUCCGGCAGUAUGGGAGUGGGCUCCACGGACCUCUCCUCCCCGUCAUACCGCCGAGACAGCGCAUCUGCCUUACCGUUUUGUGACCCAGGGAUGUAGGUGAUCUUAAAAGAGAAACGGGUCAAAAACAUACUCCAUCUAGCCUGUCGAGGGUUCAGCCUCCUCGCUGCCCGGAUGUACUCCAGGUUACGGUGGUCCGUCAAAAUGAGGAAAGGGUGUUGAGCCCCCUCAAGCCAGUGCCUCCACACCUUAAGGGCCUGUACCACAGCUAACAGCUCCCUGUCCCCUACGUCAUAAUUUCGCUCCGCCGGGCUGAGCUUCUUGGAAUAGAAGGCACAGGGGCGGAGUUUAGGUGGCGCGCCUGACCGUUGUGAAAGCACGGCGCCAAUACCGGCCUCAGACGCGUCCACCUCUACCUGAAAUGGUAAAGAGGGAUCCGGAUGCGCCAGCACCGGAGCCGAGGUGAACAGGUCCUUCAGCUUCUCAAACGCCCUGUCCGCCUCGACUGACCACUGCAGACGCACCGGGCCCCCCUUUAAGAGAGACGUGAUGGGAGCUGCCACUUGCCCAAAACCCCGGAUAAACCUCCGGUAGUAAUUCGCAAACCCCAAAAACUGCUGCACCUCUUUCACAGUGGUUGGUGUUUGCCAAUUACGCACGGCUGACACUCGGUCUACCUCCAUCUUCACCCCUGACGCAGACAACUGAUACCCCAAAAAGGAAAUCGACUCCUGGAAAAACAGACACUUCUCUGCCUUCACAUACAGGUCGUGCUCCACCAGCCUCCGCAACACCCUGCGCACCAGGGCCACAUGCUCGACACGGGUAGGUGAGUACACGAGAAUGUCAUCUAUGUACACCACGACUCCCUGUCCCUGCAUGUCCCUGAAGAUCUCAUCCACGAAUGAUUGGAAAACUGACGGAGCAUUCAUCAACCCGUAUGGCAUGACUAGAUACUCGUAAUGGCCCGAGGUGGUACUAAAGGCUGUUUUCCAUUCAUCAUCCUUCCUGAUGCGCACCAAGUUGUACGCGCUCCUGAGAUCUAAUUUCGUGAAGAAACGCGCCCCAUGCAACGACUCAGUCAUGGUCGCAAUCAGCGGGAGUGGAUAACUAUACUUCACCGUAAUCUGAUUGAGACCACGGUAAUCGAUGCACGGACGCAAACCCCCAUCCUUUUUCUUCACGAAAAAGAAACUCGAGGACGCGGGGGAAGUGGACGGCCGUAUGUAUCCUUGUCUCAGUGAUUCGUCUAUGUAAACCUCCAUAGCUUUCUUCUCCUCCUGAGACAGAGGAUACACAUGACUCCGUGGGAGCGCAGCUCCUGCCUGAAGGUCUAUCGCACAAUCCCCCUGCCUAUGGGGUGGCAACCGCGUCGCCCUCGCCUUACUAAACGCAAUAGCCAAAUCCCCAUACUCAGGUGGAAUGUGCAAUGCGGGCACCUGGUUUGGACUCUCCACCGAGGUAGCCCCUAUGGAAACGCCCAAACAUCUACCCACACACUGAGCAGACCACUCCAUCAGAGCCCUCUCCUGCCACGAAAUAACGGGGUUAUGGGUACUUAACCAGGGCAUGCCCAGCACCACCGGAUACGCAGGAGAGUCAAUCAGAAACAGUUGAAUUAUCUCCUGAUGACUCCCCUGCGCACACAUCCUAAGUGGCGCCGUGACCUCCCUGAUUAAGCCCGUACCCAACGGACGACUAUCUAGGGCGUGAACGGGAAAAGGAACAUCAACAGGGAGAAGGGGAAACCCUAACUCUAAACAAAACUUCUUAUCAAUAAAAUUCCCAGCCGCGCCUGAAUCUACCAGCGCCUUAUACUGGGAAUGAGGUGCCACCUGCGGAAAACGCACAGGCAUACAAAAAUGGGCAACAGUGAGCUCUGGGUGAGUGGGGCGCCUACUCACCUGGAGGGAAUCCCCAGUGCGGGACCUGUCGUCAUCUCCCCGAGGAGGCCAUCCCCAGCACCUAGCCGCGGUGUGUCCUCCCCGACCACAGUUGGUGCGGUGGAUGGACCCCCUCACCUGCCGACUCCUCCUAUCUCUAGCGCCAGCGCCCCCGAGCUCCAUAGGACACGGCUCGGAUGCGCUGGAGGGUGAAAUGGACGGACCCCCCUCAGGACGUCCGCGGGUGGCCAAUAGGUUAUCUAACCUGAUUGACAUGUCGACCAGCUGGUCGAAAGAGAGACUGGUGUCCCUACAGGCCAGCUCCCUACGGACGUCCUCUCUUAGGCUACAUCGAUAUAUAUCGACGAGGGCCCGCUCAUUCCACCCUGCAUCAGCCGCUAGAGUACGGAAUUCAAGCGCGAAUUCCUGAGCACUCCUCCUCCCCUGCCGGAGGAAGACCAGACGCUCCCCCGCCGCUUUCCCCUCCGGGGGAUGGUCGAACACCGCCCUAAAGCGGCGGGAGAACUCGUCGUAGGUGAUACUCGCGGCGUCGAUCUUCCUCCACUCCGCGUUGGCCCAUUCCAACGCCUUCCCGGACAGGCAGGAUAUCAGGGCAGACACGCUCUCAUGCCCCGAGGGUGCCGGGUGUACGGUGGCCAGGUACAACUCCACCUGGAGGAGGAAUCCCUGACACCCAGCCGCGGUUCCGUCGUAGGCCCUCGGGAGAGCGAGUCGGAUCCCUCGGUGUUCUGGCGCUGGAAUGGGCAGGCUGGCCGAUGGUGCUGGCUGGGCUGGCGGUGAGGAAGGUGUUGGAGGUGCGCCCCAGCCUCGGAGCGUGGUGAUUACCUCCUGCAGGGCGGUUCCCAUCUGGAGGAUCUGUUCCUGUUGCUCCCGAACCUGGACCUCCAGUCUCGUCGGCGCUGCUUCGGCUCCCGCUGAUUCCAUGUUUUGGGUGUGUAAUUCUGUCAACGAUGUAGUGAUGGUGUGGUGGGGAAUCAGGCGCAGAAGCAGAGGUACAGUCCAACAAGACUUUACUAUGCAAAAAUAAUCCACAAACGGCAGGAGGCCAAACAGACGCGCACAGGCGUCAACACACGAUCGCACGAAAACACAGUGCGCAAAACUCUCCUAAACAGAGGAGGACACUACUAAUCCUGGCGUACUGGAAAAAAUAACACAGCUACGCAACCAUCUGACAAGCGACAAUUACACACAACACUAUACACACAAACAGGGAACUAAAUAGGGUGCAUAAUGAGACCUAACACAAAACAGGUGUGGCUAACAGACAAAACUAAUCAAACAGGAAACACAGAACAUAGAACGGUGGCAGCUAGAAUUCCGGAGACGACGAACGCCGAAGCCUGCCCGAACAAGGGAGAGAGGCAGCCUCGGCCGAAACCGUGACAGGAAGUGUAUGUUUUAACAGUGCUUAUUAGCAGUGGUUGGAGGUGGAAGUCUUAACAGUGGUUAUUAACAGUGGUUGGAGGUGGAAGUUUUAGCAGUGGUUGGAGGUGGACAUUUUAGCAGUGGUUGAAGGUGUAGUAUUAACAGUGGUUGAAGGUGGAAGUAUUAACAGUGGUUGGAGGUGGAAGUAUUAACAGUGGUUGGAGGAGGCAGUAUUGGCAGUCGUUGGAGUUGGAAGUAUUACAAGUGGUUGGAGGAGGUUGUAUUAGCAGUGGUUGGAGAUGGAAGUAUUAGCAGUGGUUAGAGGUGGACGUAUUAACAGUGGUUAUUGGCAGUAGUUUGAGGUGGAAGUAUUAGCAGUGCUGGGAGGUGGAAGUAUUAAGUGGUUGGUGGUGGAAGUAUUAAGUGGUUGGUGGUGGAAGUAUUAGCAGUGCUGGGAGGUGGAAGUAUUAAGUGGUUGGUGGUGGAAGCAUUAGCAGUAGUUGGACGUGGAAGUGUUAACAAUGGUUAUUAGCAGUGGUUGGAGGUGGAAGUAUUAACAGUGGUUAUUAGCAGUGGUUGGUGGUGGACGUAUUAACAGUUGUUUUUAACAGUGGUUGGAGGUGGAAGUACUAGCAGUGGUUGGAGGUGGAAGUACUAGUAGUGGUUGGAGGUGGAAGUAUUAUCAGUGGCUGGAGGUGGAAGUAUUAACAGUGGUUAUUAGCAGUGGCUGGAGGUGGAAGUAUUAGCAGUGGUUGGAGGUGGAAGUAUUAACAGUGGUUAUUAACAGUGGUUGGAGGUGGAAGUAUUAACAGUGGUAGGAGGUGGAAGUUUUAGCAGUGGUUGGAGGUGGAAGUUUUAGCAGUGGUUGGAGGUAGAAGUGUUAGCAGUUGUUGGAGGUGUACAUUUUAACAGUGCUUAAUAACAGUGGUUGGAGGUGGCAGUAAUAGCAGUGGUUUUAGGUGGCAGUAUUAGCAGUGGUUGGAAGUGGAAGUUUUAAAAGUGGUUGGAGGUGGAAGUAUUAACAGUGCUUAUUAGUGGUUGGUGGUGGAAGUAUUAACAGUGGUUGUUAACAAUGAUUGUAGGUGGAAGUAUUAACAGUGGUUGGAGGUGGAAGUAUUUACAUUGGUUGAAGGUGUAAUAUUAACAGUGGUUGAAGGUGGAAGUAUUGGCAAUAUUUUAGGUGCAUGUAUUAGCAGUGGUUUAGGUGGAAGUAUUAACAGUGGUUGGAGGUGGAAGUAUUAACAGUGGUUGGAGGUGGAAGUAUUAGCAGUGGUUAGAGGAGGCAGUAUUAGCAGUGGUUGGAAAUGGAAGUAUUAAUAGUGUUUAUUAGCAGUGGUUGGAAAUGGAAGUAUUAAUAGUGUUUAUUAGCAGUGGUUGGAGUUGGAAGUAUUAACAGUGGUUGGAGGUGGAAGUAUUAACAGUGGUUGGAGGUGGAAGUAUUAACAGUGGUUAUUAGCAUUGGUUGGAGGUGGAAGUAUUAACAGUGGUUGGAGGUGGAUGUAUUGGUAGUGGUUAGAGGAGGCAGUAUUAACAGUAGUUGGAGGUGGAUGUAUUGGUAGUGGUUAGAGGAGGCACUAUUAACAGUAGUUGUUAUUCUGUGUAUUUUCCUCAUGUCACUAUUUCUUAUUCAGUUUAAUUUUGUGUCUUGAUCUUUAACUCUGUCUCGUUGGAAAAGGACCCGUAAGCAACUGUUGUUUACAUGUAAAAUUUCAUCAUCAUAUCUCAUGCCAUUAUUACACUGGGUACGUCCCAAAUGGCCCCCUAUUCCCUACAUAGUGCACUACUUUUGACCAGGGCCCUAUGUAGUGAAUUGUACAGGGAAUAGGGUUCAAUUUGGGAUGCAGUGCAUGAAAUGGUCUUUGUUAGUAAUAAUGACAUGUUUGAACUGAUUCCAAAGCUUGAUUUGGGUGCAGGGAAGAACGAUUGCCUCCUCUCAUUGAUGCCACGGGAGUUCAGAAAACAGGAUCCCCAUUAUAGUUAAUGGAAAAAUUGCAAUCUUCGUGGUCAGUCUUGUAAAAAAAUACAUAAUUCUAAGACAAUCAUGGUACCAAUAAUUGCUUCUAAUACACCAGAUGUACACUGAGUUGCACCCCCUUUUGCCCUCAGAACAGCCUCAAUUCGUCGGGGCAUGGACUCUACAAGGUGUCGAAAGCGUUCCACGGGGAUGCUGGCCCCAUGUUGACUCCAAUGCUUCCCAAAGUUGUGUCAAGUUGGCUGGAUGUCCUUUUGGUGGUGGACCAUUCUUGAUACACACGGGAAACUGUGCAGCGGCGUUGCAGUUCUUGACUCAAACCGGUGCGCCUGGCACUUACUACCAUACCCCGUUCAAAGGCACUUAAAUGUUUUUUGUCUUGCCAAUUCACCCUCUGAGUCGCACACAUAAACAAUCCAUGUCUCAAUUGUCUCAAGGCUUAAAAAUCCUUCUUUAACCCGUCUCCUCCCCUUCAGCUACACUGAUUUGAAGUGGAUUUAACAGGUGACAUCAAUAAGGGAUCAUGGCUUUCACCUGGAUUCACCUGAUCAGUCUAAAGUCAUGGAAAGAGCAGGUGUUCUUAAUUUUUUGUACACUCACUGUGUGUCCUUGAAUUGAUUAUUUAAAAAUCGCACACAGAAGAAGUUAUAAGGAUAAUUUAGUCGCUAAUGUCAGCCUGCAGUACCCCGGUCGGCCUUCAACUUGAGUCACUCAAUGAGAGGGGGCAGCACUGAGCUAUGUCUCCAUGAGACGCCAUCUUUGCCAAAUUUAUUUGGCUUCAAUGCACUAUUGAGUCUUGUACAACGUAAAACACAAAAUAAUGCAUGCAGAGCAGAAUUAGGCCGAUACACGCUAAUUAUCAAAAUCCAGAAAAGAGCCGUUAAACUCUACAACCACCUAAAAGGAAGUGAUUCCCAAACCUUCCAUAACAAAGCCAUCACCCACAGAGAGAUGAACUUGGAGAAGAGUCCCCUAAGCAAGCUGGUUCUGGGGCUCUGUUCACAAACACAAACAGACCCCACAGAGCCCCAGGACAGCAACACAAUUAGACCCAACCAAAUCAUGAGAAAACAAAAAGAGAAUUACUGGACACAUUGGAAAGACUGUACCAAUCUGGAAUGCUAUUUGGCCCUAAACAGAGAGUACACAGUGGCAGAAUACCUGACCACUGUGACUGACCCAAAAUUAAGGAAAUCUUUGACUAUGUACAGACUCAGUGAGCAUAGCCUUGCUAUUGAGAAAGGCCGUCGUAGGCAGACCUGGCUCUCAAGAGAAGACAGGCUAUGUGCACACUGCCCACAAAAUGAGGUGGAAACUGAGCUGCACUUCCUAACCUCCUGCCAAACGUAUGACCAUAUUAGAGACACAUAUUUCCCUCAGAUUACACAGAUCCACAAAGAAUUAGAAAACAAAUCCAAUUUUGAUAAACUCCCUUAUCUACUGGGUGAAAAACCACAGUGUGCCAUCACAGCAGCAAGAUUUGUGACCUGUUGCCACAAGAAAAGGGCAACCAGUGAAGAACAAACACCAUCUUUUUUUAUUUUCCCAUUUGUACUUUAACUAUUUGCACAUUGUUACAACACUGUAUAUAGACAUAAUAUGACAUUUGAAAUAUCUUUAUUCUUUUGGAACUUCUGAGUGUAAUGUUUACUGUUAAUAUUUAUUGUUUAUUUCACUUUUGUUUACUAUCUACUUCACUUGCUUUGGCAAUGUUAACACACGUUUCCCAUGCCAAUAAAGCCCUUAAAUUGAAAAAUUGAAUAGAGAGAGAGCGAGAGAGACAUAACACCACUGGGCCACGUCAGGACCUCAUGACAUUAAAGUUUAACGGAGAUGGAGAUAGCUGCAGCUUCCUUAAAGCUUCCAGAGAUAUUACAGCUUUAAGAAAUACGAUUCUGUUCUUUAAACAUCUGUACAAAACACAUGGCUCUCUCUCUCUCUGUCUCUCUCUCUGUCUCUCUCUCUGUCUCUCUCUCUGUGUCUCUCUCUGUCUCUCUCUCUCUCUCUCUCUCUCUCUCUCUCUCUCUCUCUCUCUCUCUCUCUCUCUCUCUCUCUGUCUCUCUCUCUCUCUGUCUCUCUCUCUCUGUCUCUCUCUCUCUGUCCUCCAUUAACUUAGAAAUGACUUCUGGACCAACUGUUAUUUACUUCCUUAUAUCAUCUCAAUGGAGUCGCCCCCUUUCAGAGGGGUUGGUUGGCUAAAUGGAAUUACUUCUAAAGUGCUGCUGUCAUGCAGAUAAGGAUGUCCCCUUGACAAAAGUAGUACACUAUGUAGGGGCCUGGGUUCCAUUUGGGACACAGACCAGACAUAAUUAAAUAUCCUUUCUACUGAGCUGCUGUCUCUGAACUUUCUAUUGAUUUAUAGACUUGAAAAUAGCCAUACUUUCUGUUCCUGUGAAGUCUUGCCUCUGUUUACAUUCUGGGGAUGUGCAUUAGUUCCAACCCAAAACUCAUCUUACAGACAGGAUGAGUCAAUCUGAGGGAUGCUUUUAGUCUAAGAUGGUGUCUGAUUGGUCUAAGAUGCACUCUAAAAUAAUAGGUGUGAUUUCAGAAUCAGAAAACUUUAUUGCCAUGAAGGUAACAAGGAAUCUCUGUUGGACUUGGACUUAUAAGCAUUUAAAAACAUGUACUAUUCCAAGGAAGGGACAUGUGUACUGUCCACCCUGCCCUGGAGCAGAGAACUAGCCCUGGAGCAGAUAACUAGCCCUGGAGCAGAGAACUAGCCCUGGAGCAGAUAACUAGCCCUGGAGCAGAUAACUAGCCCUGGAGCAGAUAACUAGCCCUGGAGCAGACAACUAGCCCUGGAGCAGACAACUAGCCCUGGAGCAGAGAACUAGCCCUGGAGCAGAGAACUAGCCCUGGAGCAGAUAACUAGCCCUGGAGCAGAGAACCAGCCCUGGAGCAGAUAACUAGCCCUGGAGCAGAGAACCAGCCCUGGAGCAGAUAACUAGCCCUGGAGCAGAUAACUAGCCCUGGAGCAGAGAACCAGCCCUGGAGCAGAGAACCAGCCCUGGAGCAGAUAAAUAGCCCAGGAGCAGAGAACUAGCCCUGGAGCAGAGAACUAGCCCUGGAGCAGAUAACUAGCCCUGGAGCAGAUAACUAGCCCUGGAGCAGAGAACUAGCCCUGGAGCAGAUAACUAGUCCUGGAGCAGAGAACUAGCCCUGGAGCAGAUAACUAGCCCUGGAGCAGAGAACUAGCCCUGGAGCAGAGAACUAGUCCUGGAGCAGAGAACCAGCCCUGGAGCAGAUAACUAGCCCUGGAGCAGAGAACCAGCCCUGGAGCAGAGAACUGUGACACUCUGGCUCCAUGGACUUUGAUAUUUGAGCCAGGGUUGUUCAUUUUCAUUUGUUUGGGUGUAUUUCUAUGUUGGGGUGUCUAGGUUGUUGAUUUCUAUGUUUGGUAUUGUGCUUGAUUAGUCAUAUGACUCCCAAUCGGAGGUAACGAGUGUCAGCUGUCGGCUCGUUAUCUCUGAUUGGGAGCCAUAUUUAUACUGUGUGUUUUCACCUUGGGGUUGUGGGUUUUUGUUCCAUGUUUCUGUCAGUGUUACAGAGGACUUCACUAUCGUCAUUUGUUGUUUUUCGUGGUUGCUUUAUUAAAUAAAGUCAUCAUGUUCACUCCACGCGCUGCGUAUUGGUCCGCUUCUUCAGACGAUCGUGACAGAAAGACCCACCACAAAAAGACCAAGCAGCGUGUCAAGCGGCAACAGGACCUACCUACACAGGAUUUAUGGACUCCCAUAAAGGAUUCAUGGACAUGGGAGGAGAUUCUGGAUGGUGAGGGGCCUUGGGAUCAACCGGGAGAAUAUCACCGUCCUCGUAAAGAGCGGGAGGCAGCUAAAGCCGAGAGGCGGCGAUAUGAGGAGGCAGCACGGAGGCAAGGCUGGAAGCCCGAGAGUACUACCCAAAAAUUUCUUGAGGGGGGGCUAGAAGGGAGUGUGGCGAAGUCAGGUAGGAGACCUGCGCCUACUCCCUGGACUGACCGUGGAGAGCGAGAGUACGGGCAGACACCGUGUUACGCAGUAGAGCGCAUGGUGUCUCCUGUACGCAGGCAUAGCCCGGUUCGGUACAUUCCGGCUCCACGUAUCGGCCGGGCUAGACUGAGCAUUGAGCCAGAUGUCAUGAGGCCGGCCCCACGCAUCCGGUCACCAGUGCGUCUCCUCGGGCCGGCUUACAUGGCACCAGCCUUACGCAUGGUGUCCCCCGGUUCGCCUACAUAGCCCGGUGCAGGUUAUUCCACCUCCCUGUACUGGUCAGGCGACGGGGAGCAUACAACCAGGUAAGGUUGGUCAGGCUCAGUGCUCAAGGGAGCCAGUACGCCUGCACGGUCCGGUAUUUCCGGCACCACCUCCUGUCUCCAGUCCAGUACCACCAGUGCCUACACCACGCACUAAGCCUCCUGUGUGUUCCCCGAGUCCUGUGCGUCCUGUUCCUGCUUCCCGCACUAGCCCUGAGAUGCGUGUCCUCAGCCCGGUACCUCCAGUUCCGGCACCACGCAUCAGGCCUACGGUGCGUCCCCAGGGUCCAGCAUGCCCUGUUGCUUCUCUCCGCACUAGCCCUGAGAUGCGUGUCCUCAGCCCGGUACCUCCAGUUCCGGCACCACGCAUCAGGCCUACGGUGCGUCCCCAGGGUCCAGCAUGCCCUGUUGCUUCUCCCCGCACUAGCCCUGAGAUGCGUGUCCUCAGCCCGGUACCUCCAGUUCCGGCACCACGCAUCAGGCCUACGGUGCGUCCCCAGGGUCCAGCAUGCCCUGUUGCUUCUCUCCGCACUAGCCCUGAGAUGCGUGUCCUCAGCCCGGUACCUCCAGUUCCGGCAGCACGCAUCAGGCCUACGGUGCGUCCCCAGGGUCCAGCAUGCCCUGUUGCUUCUCCCCGCACUAGCCCUGAGAUGCGUGUCCUCAGCCCGGUACCUCCAUUUCCGGCACCACGCAUCAGGCCUACGGUGCGUCCCCAGGGUCCAGCAUGCCCUGUUGCUUCUCCCCGCACUAGCCCUGAGAUGCGUGUCCUCAGCCCGGUACCUCCUGUUCCGGCACCACGCACCAGGCCUACGAUGCGCCUCAGACAGCCAGAGUCUGCCGUCUGCCCAACGGGGCCUGAACUGUCCGUCUGCCCAACGCCGUCUGAACUGCCCGUCUGCCCAACGGGGCCUGAACUGUCCGUCUGCCCAACGCCGUCUGAACUGCCCGUCUGCCCAACGCCGUCUGAACUGUCCGUCUGCCAAGCGCCGCAGGAACUGCCCGUCUGUACUGAGCCUGCAAAGCCGCCCGUCUGCCAUGAGCCUUCAGAGCCGUCCGCCAGACCGGAGCCGCUAGAGCUCUCCGCCAGACAGGAGCAGCCAGAGCCUUCCGCCAGACAGGAUCAGCCAGAGCCUUCCGCCAGACAGGAUCAGCCAGAGCCUUCCGCCAGACAGGAUCAGCCAGAGCCUUCCGCCAGACAGGAUCAGCCAGAGCCGUCCGCCAGACGGGAUCAGCCAGAGCCUUCCGCCAGCCAUGAGCAGCCAGAGCCUUCCGCCAGACAGGAUCAGCCAGAGCCUUCCGCCAGACAGGAUCAGCCAGAGCCUUCCGCCAGACAGGAUCAGCCAGAGCCUUCCGCCAGCCAUGAGCAGCCAGAUCCGUCAGCCAGCCAUGAACAGCCAGAUCCGUCAGCCAGCCAUGAGCAGCCAGAUCCGUCAGCCAGCCAUGAGCAGCCAGAUCCGUCAGCCAGCCAUGAGCCGUCCAGCCAGGAUCCGCCAGAGCCGUCCAGCCAGGAUCCGCCAGAGCCGUCCAGCCAGGAUCCGCCAGAGCCGUCCAGCCCGGAUCCGCCAGCCAGCCAGGAUCCGCCAGAGCCAGCCAGCCAGGAUCCGCCAUUCAGUCAGGUACUGUCCCUUAGCCCGGUGCUGCCCCUUAGUCCGGUGCUGCCCCUUAGCCCGGUGCUGCCCCUUAUCCCGGUGCUGCCCCUUAUCCCGGUGCUGCCCCUUAGUCCGGUGCUGCCCCUUAGUCCGGUGUUGCCCCUUAGUCCAGGUGGGGUUAGUUGGAGGGUGGUCAUUGGGAGGAGGCUACUGAAGCAGGUUGUGACUGUGGUGGGGUGGGGAUCACGACCGGGGCCAGAGCCGCCACCGUGGACAGACGCCCACCCAGACCCUCCCCUAGUCCUUAUGUUGGUGCGCCCGGAGUUCGCACCUUUAGGGGGGGGUACUGUGACACUCUGGCUCCAUGGACUUUGAUAUUUGAGCCAGGGUUGUUCAUUUUCAUUUGUUUGGGUGUAUUUCUAUGUUGGGGUGUCUAGGUUGUUGAUUUCUAUGUUUGGUAUUGUGCUUGAUUAGUCAUAUGACUCCCAAUCGGAGGUAACGAGUGUCAGCUGUCGGCUCGUUAUCUCUGAUUGGGAGCCAUAUUUAAUCUGUGUGGUUUCUCCUUGGUUUUGUGGGUUUUUGUUCCAUGUUUCUGUCAGUGUUACAGAGGACUUCACUAUCGUCAUUUGUUGUUUUUCGUGGUUGCGUUAUUAAAUAAAGUCAUCAUGUUCACUCCACGCGCUGCGUAUUGGUCCGCUUCUUCAGACGAUCGUGACAAGAACCAGCCAGGUAAAACACUCCAGGUCUUCUCUAGGGGGGCAGACGUGAUGCAAUACCCAUUACGCAAUACCCCUGAGGGUCUGGCAACCAUUAAGAUCCCUCCCCCUUUCUCUCCCCCCUCCCUGACUCCCCUGCCUCACAGUACAGUUGAAAAAUAUAUGGCAAAUAGAAAUCCAAUAUGGAUGGUGUUAAGAGAUAGAUGGGAGGUGUUGAAUGGAGCUGAAGGAUGGGACUAAUAACAACUAACAACAACUAAUAACAACAAGAUAACUAAUGUAAAGCAUACUGUGUCCAUAAUAAGUAUAUAGGUUAUAGGUUGAGAGCUUUUGUGAAAGAGCACAGUUAGAAAGAUAUGGCAUACAGAAGCAAACCGGAUGGACAUCAUGAAAAUGAUCGGCGAUGUUGAGGGUAGAGGAAGUUCAGGAGUAAAAACAAACAAAAUAUAAUUAUUGUAAAAUUGACUGUGUCCAUAAAAUGUAUAUAGUAUGUAUAAACUGGAAGUAGAGGCCUAAGCGUUGUUGUUCACUAGUUUACGCCAAUUGGGGAAGGGGUGGUGGGGUUGGAAAGUAAUAAAGGGAAAUAUAUUUUUUUAAGGAUAUGUGUUUAUAUGUGUGUAUGUGUGUAUAUAUAUAUAUAUAUAUAUAUAUAUAUAUAUAUAUAUAUAUAUAUAUAUAUAUAUAUAUAUGUAUUUGCGAGGAAAAAUAAACAUAUGGGGGAUUGGAAGUGAUGCAGACAAUGACAUUGAUGGAAGUUACAAUCUAUCUGCAAUAUUAAAGCUGAACUACCCCCCCCCCCCAAAAAAAAAAAUAUAUAUAUAUAUAUAUAUAUAUGUUUUAAAGAUUUGGAAAACAAAUCCAAUUUUGAUAAACUCCCAUAUCUACUGGGUGAAAAACCACAGUGUGCAAUCACAGCUGCAAGAUGUGUGACCUGUUGCCAAAAGAAAAGGGCAACCAGUGAAGAACAAACACCAUUGUAAAUACAACCCAUAUUUAUGUUUAUUUAUUUUCCCUUUUGUACUUUAACUAUUUGCACGUCGUUAUAACACUGUAUAUAUACAUAAUAUGACAUUUGAAAUUGAGAGAGAGAGAGAGAGAGAAAGAGAGAGGUGGCUGUAAACAGUGUCUGUCUGGGAAUAAGUGAUACCCUGCUGAGAUCCCACCUUCAAAUAGACACACCCUUACCUUUCCUAAACCAUGGAUUGGUCAAUUUGCUCAUGCAAUUUCUAGUAUUACUAGCUUUUUGGUACAGAGAAAAUCAAAGCCAUGCAUCUAAAGACAGACAGAUAGACAGAUAGACAGAUAGAUAGAUCGAUAGAUAGAUAUCCCACUCACUGGUGGAUUUGGUUGUACUUCAUUGAGUGUAUUUCUGUUUCUAUAUUUGAAAGUAGGCCUCACUGUACCUGCUUCCUCACUAUACCUGCUGGAACCAGUAGCAACUAAUGAGAUUAAACAGCAGAGGGCGCUCUAGGACAUACUGAAGUUGCCUCUUAAAGAGCGACUGAAUGCACCGAUUUGUUUUUCUUUUGAAAAAACAAGAUUCCGGUCUUGGGGGUGUGGUUCGGUGUGGCAGUUACUGAUGUUUGUCCCAGACACCAUAGGAAUAAAGCAGGUAUCACUUCCUCAAAAUAGUCAAGAAGUCUGUAAUUAAUGUUGAUAUUUUUGCAGAGAAGCUUUUAGUCACACACUUUGACAUCUAGCUAAGGUAUUUCUCAAGUUUAAAAAAAUGUGCGUCGCAUUGUCUUAUGUAAACAAAGUGUGAGCUGCGGGGGCAGGUCUGCCUCACUGUCUGUGUUAUUGGAUAGAGAUUAAUCACCACAGUGUUUCAACCUGUGGUAGUGGGCAAAUCAAAAACCCAACCCUCAGGUAGGUCCUGAAAAACACUUGUACUCAAAUCUCACAACUCCGUUUAGGAAGAUGCUGACUUUAUGACCAGAAUUAACCUGCUUACACUUUUUUUUAAAUGUUUCUGACUAAUAUCGAUGUCACAUAUGCUGUUUUCUCACGAGAAAAGUUUCAAGUUUCAAUGUCACGUGCGCAAGUACAGUGAAAUGCCUCUCUUGCAAGCUCUAAACCCAACAAUGCAGUAAUUAAUAUCAAUGUAAUACAAAAAAGAACUAUAUACUAUAUACAGGGUCAGUUCCAGUACCAUAUUAACAAUGUGCAGGGAUACUGGAGUGAUGGAGGUAGAUUUGUAUAGGGGUAAGGUGACUAUAUACAGGGUCAGUUCCAGUACCAUAUUAACAAUGUGCAGGGAUACUGGAGUGAUGGAGGUAGAUUUGUAUAGGGGUAAGGGGACUAUAUACAGGGUCAGUUCCAAUACCAUAUUAACAAUGUGCAGGGAUACUGGAGUGAUGGAGGUAGAUUUAUAUAGGGGUAAGGGGACUAUAUACAGGGUCAGUUCCAAUAUCAUAUUAACAAUGUGCAGGGAUACUGGAGUGAUGGAGGUAGAUAUGUAUAGGGGUAAGGGGACUAUAUACAGGGUCAGUUCCAGUACCAUAUUAACAAUAUGGAGGGAUACUGGAGUGAUGGAGGUAGAUAUGUAUAGGGUUCAGGUGACUAUAUACAGGGUCAGUUCCAAUACCAUAUUAACAAUGUGCAGGGAUACUGGAGUGAUGGAGGUAGAUAUGUAUAGGGGUAAGGGGACUAUAUACAGGGUCAGUUCCAGUACCAUAUUAACAAUAUGGAGGGAUACUGGAGUGAUGGAGGUAGAUAUGUAUAGGGGUCAGGGGACAGGGAUACUGGAGUGAUGGAGGUAGAUAUGUAUAGGGGUCAGGGGACAGGGAUACCGGAGUGAUGGAGGUAGAUAUGUAUAGGGGUAAGGGGACAGGGAUACUGGAGUGAUGGAGGUAGAUUUGUAUAGGGGUCAGGUGACUAUAUACAGGGUCAGUUCCAUACCAUAUUAACAAUGUGCAGGGAUACUGGAGUGAUGGAGGUAGAUAUGUAUAGGGGUCAGGGGACAGGGAUACUGGAGUGAUGGAGGUAGAUAUGUAUAGGGGUCAGGGGACAGGGAUACUGGAGUGAUGGAGGUAGAUAUGUAUAGGGGUCAGGGGACAGGGAUACUGGAGUGAUGGAGAUAGAUAUGUAUAGGGGUAAGGUGACAGGGAUACUGGAGUGAUGGAGGUAGAUAUGUAUAGGGGUAAGGAGACAGGGAUACUGGAGUGAUGGAGGUAGAUAUGUAUAGGGGUAAGGUGACUAUAUACAGGGUCAGUUCCAUACCAUAUUAACAAUGUGCAGGGAUACUGGAGUGAUGGAGGUAGAUAUGUAUAGGGGUCAGGUGACUAUAUACAGGGUCAGUUCCAGUACCAUAUUAACAAUGUGCAGGGAUACUGGAGUGAUAGAGGUAGAUAUGUAUAGGGGUAAGGUGACUAUAUACAGGGUCAGUUCCAAUACCAUAUUAACAAUGUGCAGGGAUACUGGAGUGAUGGAGGUAGAUAUGUAUAGGGGUAAGGGGACUAUAUACAGGGUCAGUUCCAAUACCAUAUUAACAAUGUGCAGGGAGACUGGAGUGAUGGAGGUAGAUAUGUAUAGGGGUCAGGGGACUAUAUACAGGGUCAGUUCCAGUACCAUAUUAACAAUGUGCAGGGAUACUGGAGUGAUGGAGGUAGAUAUGUAUAGGGUUCAGGUGACUAUAUACAGGGUCAGUUCCAAUACCAUAUUAACAAUGUGCAGGGAUACUGGAGUGAUGGAGGUAGAUAUGUAUAGGGGUAAGGGGACUAUAUACAGGGUCAGUUCCAGUACCAUAUUAACAAUGUGCAGGGAUACUGGAGUGAUGGAGGUAGAUUUGUAUAGGGGUAAGGGGACUAUAUACAGGGUCAGUUCCAGUACCAUAUUAACAAUGUGCAGGGAUACUGGAGUGAUGGAGGUAGAUUUGUAUAGGGGUAAGGGGACUAUAUACAGGGUCAGUUCCAAUACCAUAUUAACAAUGUGCAGGGAUACUGGAGUGAUGGAGGUAGAUUUAUAUAGGGGUAAGGGGACUAUAUACAGGGUCAGUUCCAAUACCAUAUUAACAAUGUGCAGGGAUACUGGAGUGAUGGAGGUAGAUAUGUAUAGGGGUAAGGGGACUAUAUACAGGGUCAGUUCCAGUACCAUAUUAACAAUAUGGAGGGAUACUGGAGUGAUGGAGGUAGAUAUGUAUAGGGGUCAGGGGACAGGGAUACUGGAGUGAUGGAGGUAGAUAUGUAUAGGGGUCAGGGGACAGGGAUACCGGAGUGAUGGAGGUAGAUAUGUAUAGGGGUAAGGGGACAGGGAUACUGGAGUGAUGGAGGUAGAUAUGUAUAGGGGUCAGGGGACAGGGAUACUGGAGUGAUGGAGGUAGAUAUGUAUAGGGGUCAGGUGACUAUAUACAGGGUCAGUUCCAUACCAUAUUAACAAUGUGCAGGGAUACUGGAGUGAUGGAGGUAGAUAUGUAUAGGGGUCAGGUGACUAUAUACAGGGUCAGUUCCAGUACCAUAUUAACAAUGUGCAGGGAUACUGGAGUGAUGGAGGUAGAUAUGUAUAGGGGUAAGGGGACUAUAUACAGGGUCAGUUCCAAUACCAUAUUAACAAUGUGCAGGGAUACUGGAGUGAUGGAGGUAGAUAUGUAUAGGGGUAAGGGGACUAUAUACAGGGUCAGUUCCAAUACCAUAUUAACAAUGUGCAGGGAUGCUGGAGUGAUGGAGGUAGAUAUGUAUAGGGGUAAGGUGACUAUAUACAGGGUCAGUUCCAAUACCAUAUUAACAAUGUGCAGGGAUACUGGAGUGAUGGAGGUAGAUAUGUAUAGGGGUAAGGGGACUAUAUACAGGGUCAGUUCCAAUACCAUAUUAACAAUGUGCAGGGAUACUGGAGUGAUGGAGGUAGAUUUGUAUAGGGGUAAGGGGACUAUAUACAGGGUCAGUUCCAAUACCAUAUUAACAAUGUGCAGGGAUACUGGAGUGAUGGAGGUAGAUAUGUAUAGGGGUAAGGGGACUAUAUACAGGGUCAGUUCCAAUACCAUAUUAACAAUGUGCAGGGAUACUGGAGUGAUGGAGGUAGAUUUGUAUAGGGGUAAGGGGACUAUAUACAGGGUCAGUUCCAAUACCAUAUUAACAAUGUGCAGGGAUACUGGAGUGAUGGAGGUAGAUUUAUAUAGGGGUAAGGGGACUA